CUGGCCACACUUUUCCCUUUCUGAUCAUUCUAUGCGAGUAAAGUCACGUGCUUUGCGUUCUAAGAUUUAUUUUUGACGCUCACAACCUAAUAAAAAAUGAAGAAGCAGCAAGCUGGCGAAAAGAAAGCCAAAAAGGCUAAUCCGAAAGCUCCCGAGCCUACGAAGAAAGCCAAAGCUAAGGUGGCAGAAACCGCAGUUCCUGACAAGGCUCCUGCUGCCCCACUGUCUAAUAAGAAAGUGGCCAAAGCUCCGGCUGUGGCCCUGAAGAAUCAUGAGUUGGCCAUGAAGGAGUCGGCUAAGAAAAGCCUGGAAAAUGCUGACAAGAAAAUAGCCUUGUCGGCUAGAAAAGCCAUCGAAAGCAUUGAAAAAUCAAACUUGCCGGUGCCAACGAAAAAGAGGCCUGCCCCUACGGCACCUGAAAAUGCAAAGAAACCUGAGGCUCCCGCUGCCAAAAAGCUACCUCCAGUCAAGCCAACCAAGGCAGCCACUCCUCCAGCCCCAAAGCCUAAGAAGGAGGUGGUAACAGCCGAAGGAGAAGCAGCUCCGGAAACUAUAGCCACCAAGGCUGCAGCUGCAGCUGCUCCGGCCAAACCGAAACGAAAGCCUAAACGCUCGAAGAAUGUUCUGCGCGGAAAGCGGAUGGCCAAAAAGAAGAUCUGGCAACGCUUCGUUAUCGACUGCACAUGCUUGGCCGAGGAUAUGCUUAUGGAUGUCAACGAUUUCGAGAAGUAUUUCAAGACUCACAUCAAGGUGAAGAACAAGACCAACCAGCUAAACGAUCUGGUCACCUUCGAGAGGACCAAGAACUACUCCUUGAUCAUCCACUGUGGUGUCCACUUCUCGAAGAGAUAUUUUAAGUACCUCGCCAAGCGCUACCUCAAGAAGAACAGCCUGCGCGAUUGGGUGCGGCUAGUGUCCACCAGCAAGGACACGUUCACCAUGCGCUACUUCAAGAUCCAAGGGCAGGACGAUGACGACGAUGAUGAUGACGAUGCUGAUGCAAAGAUCUAAAUGUGAUGGCAUGUACUUACUCCCUUUCGAAAAGGCAAUUUCUUUAUAAAUCUUUCAGUGAACUUUAAAUCCUAUUCAUGCUUUACAAGUUCUACUGAUUUGUCAUACUUGCCUUAAUUUUCUUCGAAAAAUCUAGAAAAACAUUUUGCUUGUUUCUUUUACUAAUCAUUUAACCUGUAAUAUCUAAUAAAAAAUCAUUUAAACCCGC